AUGUCCGGCGGCAAUAACCAGAGAUUUCGUCCGCCGUGGGUGAAAGAUGGACUCGACCCGGUGCCGAAGGCUACUGUGCCGUGGAGGACCAAAGAUAAGACUGCAGCUGCCGCUUCCACCGUCACCAAUGACCAACCACCGAUCGCGGCCGCAUCCGACGAAGCGAAACAUUUUAAAUUGAGAAAAGUUGGACCGUCAGAUGGCAGAAAAGUGACCGAAAUAAAAAUCGUGCCCAAAAUCGAUUACCAAGGCCCAUUGCAGAUCAACAGCAGAGUCGUGCCGGUGGCUGUCGCGCAAGUUCCGGAAAAGGUGAAAAAAAAGACAUCCGUGACUACCACCAUGGCAUCGCCAUCGUCAAAACAACUUCCUACCAAGGUAGUCCAGAUUCCCGUGACUUCAGCACCAGCACCACCUUCACCGCCGACCAAGGUGGUCCACGUUCCUCUGACUUCCGCACCGGUCCCUGCACCACCACCACCGCCUCCAAAGUCACCGUCUGCACCAGCACCGCCUCCACCGCCACCGCCUCCUAAAAUGCCAUCUCGGGCACCAGGGCCACCACCACCUCCACCACCUCCGUUGUCAGCAACGGCGAGUUCCAACAGCAGUUUACCACCCAUAUCUAACAAACCACCCACGCCGGAAAAAAUGAAGAAGUUGGAUUCGUUGCGAAGUCGACCGAGGAGACGUCCGGACUGGUCGGACAUGAUGAAAGAAGUCGAAAGCGGAAGGAAGCUGAAACACGUCGAGUGCAACGAUCGAAGUGCUCCGGUCAUACCCAGUAACAAGUCCAAGGGUCAGUUUUUGUACGAAUCCGAAACGAAAGCAGAAGAAACUGAUCACCAUCAGCUGCUGAAAGACAUCCAGCACGGCGUCAAACUCCGUAAAGUAAAGACGAACGACAAGAGCAAACCGUAUAUAGAAGGUCUUAGGAAGUUUAGAAGACAAGAAACAAUUGAUGAAAAAAUACAAAAGUCCGUGUCGAUGGCUGACGUCGUGGCCGCCGCUGCAGAGCCUGAUGAACUCGAUGACAUUGAUAAAGUGCGAGACGAUUUGCAGUCAGCCAAACAAAUGCUCGCAUUGGAACUGCGAAGCAAAGAGGCAUUGGAACGGGAAAAUAAACGACUUUUGGCCAGAGUUACAAAUCUACAAGAAGAACUUAAAGACAAACCGCAAGGCACCUCUGGACCGAUGCGAUCAGACACGGACCAACAGCUCAUCAAUAAACUAAAAGCGGAGGCGUUAGAAGCCGAUCACAUCGUGAAAGACAUGGAACAGAAGUAUCACGUGACCGCCGAAGAACUGGACAGCACCAGACGAAAACUCGAAAGCGCCUGGCUCAGAAAUCAAAAACUAGAGCUGGAGCUGAAAGCCGCGCUGUCCAGCCGAGUGGUUGCCCAACAGCCGGUCCCUCGACAAAUGUCCAUGAAGAAGUUGUCCAUGAUGCCAUCCAUCGAACAUCUAUCCGAGGAAGAGGAGGAAGAUGAGGAUGAAGACGACGACGACAGUUCAGACGAUGGUUCUAGCGACGCGUCACAGGAGAUCGACGAGGCCAGGAGGACGGCCAGAGAGCUGAAACUGUUAGAAGUUAAACUAAAAGCUGUCCGUGACAAGCAGAAUUCCGCGCUCAAGGACCGCCGGAUGUAUAAACAGGAGUUGGCCAAGAGGCAGAAAGAGCUCAAGUCCGAGAAGAAAAAGUACAAAAUGUUGCAGAAGGAAGUUGACAAGAUGGCGAAACUCAUGAGGGACACUGACGAGGAAGAAGAAGACGAAGAAGAACUUGAGGAAGAGGAAGAGGAAGAAGAAAGCGAAUCUUCCGAGAGCGAAGAGAGCGAUGACGAACCACAGAGUGAGGGUGAAGCCCCCGCGUCAGCCACGCCGGAACAGAAGAAGGACAACCUUUGCCGCCGGUCCAAGUACUACGAGGGGCGGUUGACAUCGCUAAAAAAAGGAAAUUACUUGCUCAAGGCCAACGUGGAACGACUGCAGGACGACGUCAACAAACAAAAAGAGAUGUCGCUGGUGUUGCAAGAAGACUUGAAUUCGGUGUUAGCUGAACUCGGAUAA